AUGGCGGAAGUAGAAGGACUUGGCGAUAAUGGUAUGAACAAUAAUAAUAUGGAAGUAUUAUUAGCUAUUCAUGAUAUGGCAUCAGCGAUUUGUGAGACAAAUCAACAUAACCAUGAACCUCAUGAGGAAACAGAAAGUGAUCAAAUAAUGAGGAUUCAAGGGGAAUUUUGGAAGGCCCGACCAUCAAUAUUUAAAGGUGACCCAAACCUAAUGCAAGCGGAGGAAUGGUUACGCCAGAUUAAGAGAAAAUUGAAUGAUCAGAGGGUUCGGGAAAAUCUGAAAGCACAAUGUCCAAAAGGACAACCUGCACCAGGGAGAUCUAGGGCAUUGCCAGGUGUUAGGAGACCCGGACAACUUGCUCAAGGUCUAGUUUAUGCUGUUGGUCAAGUAGCAGGAUUAGUGGAAGCUAUUAUUGAUUGUGGAAAGAAAUUGAUAACCUUGACAACCCCAGAUGGAGAAAAGUUUACUUUCUAUGAAGGUAUAAGUGAAUCCAAAAUUGAAUCUAUUCCUGUGGUGAGGGAUUUCAUUGAUGUAUUUCGAGAAAACUUACCAGGAUUACCACCUAUUAGAGAAAUAGAAUUUUCCAUUGAGACGUAUCCAGGAACAUCACCUAUUUCUAUACCUCAACAUCGUAUGGCACCAGCGGAAUUGAAGGAACUCAAAAAGCAACUUCAAGAGCUUCAAGAGAAAGGUUUAAUUCGGCUUAGUACAUCACCUUGGGGUGCUCCUGCCUUAUUUGUAAAGAAAAGUGAUUUAACCCUUAGGUUGUAUAUCGAUUAUCGUUUACUAAAUAGAAUCAUGAUAAAGAAUAGGUACCCUUUACCUAGGAUUGAUGAUUUAUUUGAUCAAUUGAGAGGUGCUAGAUAUUUUUUGAAGAUUGAUCUUCGUUCUGGUUAUCACCAACUUAGAGUAAAGGCAAAAGAUAUACCAAAAAUUGCUUGCAGAACUCGAUAUAGACAUUAUGAGUUUUUCGUCAUGUCGUUUGGAUUAACAAAUGCUCCUGCAGCAUAA